ACUCUCGCGCCAACAACAACUCUCGCGCCAACAACAACUCCGGCGCCGACUCCUGUGGCCACAAAAACUAUGGCACCUACAACAACUCAGGCACCAACAACAACUCCUGCACCGACAACAACUCCAAUGCCG